AUGUCAGCCAUUGCGUGUCUGAGGGAGGACGGCAAGGACAAAGUAAGUGGGUUACUACUUUGCGAGUUAUUGCGCCUCGCUUUGUGACUCCGGCCCAAAUUUUGCGCGCUCAAGGUUUACAAGCCCUCAGGGGUUAGUUGGGGUUUGGCCGAGGAUUAUCUUCUCCCUGCCCUCUUAUUACCGAAAUUGGUCGCCUAAUUAAACGCGCACAUGGCGGUUAAUUAUUUUACUCGGGUUCGUUUCCAGGCGAACCCGUUAACAUAGCAUCUGUCAACCUAGCUACGAGGUCUUAGUGCACCCGUCCAACUCAAUUCGCUUUGAUUUCCGGCUAAGGGAACGUCGGAAUGGAAGGUUGGCAUUCUUGCUCUUCUAAUCCCCCGUUACGCAGUCUCUGGGGAUCCCCUCAGGCAUGAAACAUGUUGUUUGUGACUUCAUGCGAGAACCUUCUCACAAUCCUCUCAUUAUAUUCUAGACUUUAAAUCGCAUCAUAGGUAAUGUAAUGAGAAAAGUAAUUUCCGGAUACAAAAGUUUGUAAUAGUUAUAAUUAAAUUUUCCAUUCAUUAAUCAACGUGAAUUUACAUUCAUUGCGCAACAGAAGUCAUCAUCCGAUUUCUUAAUGGCCUCUUUUUUACAUUACAUCAAGAUGGCAUUACACUUUUUUUCUGUUUUCUUAUACGAAUUGAAAUUCAGGAAUAUGUUCCGGAUCUAAAUUACAAUUCAAGGGGUCAUUCCCCCUCGAAGUUAGGUCACUCCGAACUCCCUUCUUUCCCUCCGAGCUCUCAAAAAUUCCUUCGACCCCGUUUAACCCCGUGAAAUCCUCCACAAAAUUAAUAAAAAUUAUAUUCUUUCUGUCGAAACAACUAUCCUAUCUAACAGGUUCAUAGUUAGAAAUUUGUCCUGCUACUAUUAACCUUUAGUGUCCCAUAUGACGACAGCUCAUUAACCUUGCAAUUAAAGUAAUGGCCGACCAAAGACCGCGGCCCUUGUGAAUAUUCACACCAACUCCCCUUCCCGACCUCCUCUUAUUAUUCUGUUUUCGUAAAAUGCUUACUAUAACAGCUCUGUUCACUAUCCCACAAAGAGAAAUUAAUCCGAAUUUACCUUACAGAUGGCCAACACACAACAAGUGCCCUCGCCGGCGAUUCUGAGACUUCAUUCCACAUUAAAAGUAAGUCCAAUUUCUGUUGCCCAGCACCCCAAAAAAUGAAUUCUCUCCCGAUUUGGGAGUCUAAAAACGCUAUGAUGAAUCAGAAGUUCCCAUCUCGACGUUCGGCUCCUCUCUUACAAAGCGUCUCGACUUCGAGAUUCACAGUAAUCUAGGAAAAGCGUCAUGGUGACUCGUUUUUUUUGUUUACCCUCCGCACUCCCAAACAUGGAGCGACCGUUUUAUGCCUAGCUUAUGAAGAAACGCACUCUUACGCGUUUUUAUAUACAGGCUUGAGAGUUUCUCAUGACGUCAUGACGGGUUUUAUGAACGUGUGAAAAUAUUUUAUAAAAUUUUCGCGAGAAUAUUUUAUUCUUGAAGUUAUUCUUACCUCGUAGGGCCGUUUGCUGCCAAAAUGUUCAAAAUUACGAGCCAGAAUCGAUUGGAAGAUGAGGACAAGCCGUUUGACUAUCUCAGGGUAAAGAAAAAAUAUUAUCUUAAUUAUUCAAUACCUAAAUUUAUGUUUUUUAGUGUUUGUCCAAAUGCCAUGUAGUUAUCAGUCUGAUUACCUUCACUCUGGCUGGCCUUGCCGAUUAUGUCUCUUACCGAGUAAACACCUUGCGGAUGCAUGGUCUGAUUGAAUGUUGCGCCUUCUAUUGCAUUGUGAUGGGGUAAGUUAAUAUUUUGACUUUUAUCUCUGUUUAGAAUGAUCGGAAUCUUUGGAAGUGCUAGUCAUCGACGAGCUUUGAUAAUUGCUUUUAUGAUUAUGGGUAUCCACGCAAUUUUAGUCUUCGUUCCGGCUACAAUCAUUGUCGCUUCUUUCGAUAUUCACUUUUACAACGUAAGUUAUGCGUUUUACAUCUACUUUUCUGCAAUUUUAGAGAGAGUGCUAUGGUGAAUGUGAUUGGCACUUGUUGUCGGCGAGUUUGCCACAGGACAGUCGGUGUCAAAUACUAUGUGGCUCCAAUAUUGACGACAACAGGAGAAGGUAGGAACGGAUUAGAAAUUGAUCAUUCUUUGGCCGGGAAUGAAUAUGAAGAUCACUAAAUAUGCUUUUUUAGUUCAAUGAGUCGUUUGGGAACCGACUACCGCCUGGAUGCUGGUAUCAUUUCCUUAGCCUGUCUACAACUAAUUCUAUCAGUGGUCACAACGGUUCUCUGCAUAAAACAAGUAUUCGGACUCUGUUCCCUCAACAAAGCCCAUAAUUCGGUACGUUAUUUGACCACAGACAGCUAGGUAUUUCAAAGCGAAAGUUUAAAGCGUUUCUUAAGAUUUCACAACAUUUGUUUUGAAGAAUUUAUGGAUAAAGACUAGGUUUCAAUGUAAAGUUAUAUUGUUUUAGGCGUCAGCACUUGAACUACAACUACUACAUGAAAAAUGA